AUGGAUCUGGCAGGGGCAGGACUUCUGCUCCUUCUCUGUGUGCUGUUCCCUUUAUGCUUCGUUUCCUUCCAAAUGCACAAGAAGAGAAGCCACCUACCUCCAGGACCCACACCCUGGCUCUUCCUGGGCAACGUCUUUCAGAAAGAUGUUUUUCCUCUGGCCAACUCCUAUAAGAAGCUGAUGAAGAAGUAUGGCCCCGUCUUCACUGUCUGGAAGGGACCAAAGCCUAUGGUUGUGCUAUGUGGAUAUGAGGCGGUGAAAGAGGCUUUGGUGGAUCACUCUGAAGAGUUUGGUGGGCGACCCCUCAUCCCUAUCAAUUACCGAAUAAGCAAGAGCCUUGGAGACUCGGAAAGAAAUGAGAGAAAAUGGAGGGAGCAGCGCCGCUUCCUGCUUUCCACUCUUCGGGACUUUGGGAUGGGAAAGAAAACCAUGUCUGAGAGGGUACAGGAGGAGGCUGGUUGCCUGGUUCAGGAAAUUGCAGCCACAAAAGGACAGGCCUUUGAUCCAACAAGUAGUGUCUUCAGUGCUGUUUCUGAUGUGCUCUGCUGUGUUAUCUUUGGAACUCGGUUUGACUAUAAAGAUCCUGUCUUCCAAGAGCACCUGCGCGUUAUUGAUGACUUCAUGAACUUCCUUCAUGCUUCCUUUGGACUGAUAUACAACACUUUCCCCAAAAUAAUGGACUUUCUACCUGGACCUCAUAAGACGCUUCUGUCAGGUUGUGAAAAGUUGUUUGCCUGCUUCCAUGAGAGGGUGAAGGCCCACAAACAGACUCUGGACCCUGAAAACCCUCGCGAUUAUAUAGACUGCCUCCUGAUCAAGAUGGAAGAGGAGCAAAACUCCGCUGAUGAUUUUUACAUCCCUGAAGAAAUCGUUACCUCUGUUUUUGGCCUCUUCCUUGCUGGGACAGGGACCACAAGCAAGACCUUGCUCUACUCCCUCUUUGUGAUGGCCAAGCUCCCUCACAUUCAAGCAAAAGUCCAAGAAGAGAUUGAUGAGGUGGUAGGUGCCAAUCGUGCCCCUAACAUGGAAGACCGUGUGAGGAUGCCCUUCACCAAUGCAGUUGUCCAUGAGAUUCAGCGUUACGAAAUUCUGGCUUUUGAGAGUAUGCCGCGUGAAAUGACUUGUCACACAGUUUUCAGAGGUUUCACCAUUCCCCAGUACACCAUGGUCAUUCCAGUGCUUUCAUCUGUUCACUUUGACCCGCUCCAAUGGGAGAAUCCAGAUGAAUUUAACCCAGAACAUUUCUUGGAUGAGAAGGGCGAGUUCAGGAAGAAUGAUGCUUUCAUGCCUUUUUCAGCAGGAAAGCGGGCAUGUCCAGGGGAAGCACUGGCUCGGAUGGAACUCUUCCUGUUCUUUAGCACUCUUCUCCAGAACUUCACCUUUCGGCUGGCUACAGAUGAUACAGAGAGGGACCUGAUGUCUUCGUUUAUGAAAUACAGAACCAAGGGUAUAUACCCGCAAAUCCAAGCCACUAAACGUUCAACAUGA